AGAAUUCCGUAGGUAACCAUGUGCAUGUGGUGCAGAGAGAGGGUAAGCUUCUAUUCUGUUUGCGCAGUCUGUUUAAUCACUGUGAAUGGAUACAUUUGAUCAUACAGAAAGACGUGACGUAGUGAAUCCUGUCUCUUUAAGAAAAAGGGGCGGUGCUGUUGAGAACUGUAACCUUUUUGACGGGCUGGCCCGACGCUCACUCAAAAUCCAUUCAUAAAUAAGACAUUUGAGGCAUAGUUACAUUGAAUAAAUAAUUUCAGGACACAAAUGUGUUAACGUUUUUAGCGAACAAUUGCAAGAAACUCCCAGCAAAAAAAUAGUUUACAUCCUAGUCAGCGCAUUCGACUCGGCGACGUUGAGAGCAAAAGGACUUCCGACUAGUGACCCCCCCCCUUCUGCAGCUAUGGUUAUGACUUUAUCUGCGUUUCACCAGGAAGCUGCUUAGUUCAUUCUGUGUUCAGAACAUUUGUCUAUAGAACCUCCUGUUCGCUUUAUUCCAUCCACUAAACGGGAUUGUCGUUCAUGUGUAGCCAAGUCUAGUCUAAUUCCGUUUAACACAAAUUAUCCGCUUUUUUCAAUGUCUGCCGCUGCCUCCAUCUUUCCGGUUUUACUGAAAGUAAGUGAAACCGAGGACUGAAAUACCAAUGGAACGGUGAGAGUUAUGAUGGCAGCUAAAGAAGAGCUUUACACCAAAGUCACCCCGCGGAGGCAGCGCCAGAAUCGAUCGGGCACUGUAAAACAUGGGUCAAGUCUGGACGUGCUGCUGUCCAUGGGAUUCCCCAAGACCAGGGCGCUAAAAGCUCUGGUGUCCACGGGAGGCAAAAAUGUGCAGGCAGCCUGUGAUUGGUUGUUCUCUCAUGUGGACGACCCAUUUCUGGACGACCCUCUCCCCAGGGAGUAUGUGUUGUACCUGCGCCCCAGCGGCCCCCUGCUCCACCAGCUCAGCACUUUCUGGCAGCAGUCACGGGUCACCUGCGGCAAGAACAAGGCCCACAACAUCUUCCCUCACAUCACCCUCUGCCAGUUCUUCAUGUGUGCGGACGGUAAGGUGGAGGCACUGAGUGAGGCCCUACAGGCUACAGUGGGGUCAUGGAGGGGUCGUUUCCCUAACCCUCUCCCCCUGGAGCUCUACACCUCCUCCAACUUCAUAGGCCUCUUUGUGGAGGAGCAGGUGGCAGAAGUGCUCAAGGACUUUGCCGCUGACUUUGCUACGGAGGCGGCUACUAAAGCAGAUGUGCACGUGGAGCCCCAUAAGAAGCAGCUCCAUGUGACCCUGGCCUACCACUUCCAGACCAAUCACCUGGCUGCCUUAGAGAAGCUGGCCAAGGGAGUGGACGUGUCGCUGGGCUGCGAUUGGCUGGCCGUGCUCUUCUCCCGGGACAUCCGAUUUGCCAACCACGAGACGCUGCGUGUGAUGUACCCAUACGUGCCCCAGAACGAGGACGAGCUCGAGCUGGCACCUGGCGACUUUAUCUUCAUGACCCCCGUGGAGCAGAGUAGUGCCAGCGAGGGCUGGGUCUAUGGCACCUCUCUGGGCACUGGGCUACCUGGACUGCUGCCUGAGAACUAUGUCAGGCGGGCAGAUGAGUGUGACACCUGGGUCUUCCAUGGAUCUCACUCUUUCAGCAACCCAGUCUCCCCAUCCAACACUGGGGGUGCAGUGGGCGGCCUGUUAUUGGAUGGACAGCUGGACGGACGUUUUCUUGACGACCCUGGAGAUCCAUCCAGCCUCACUGUCCUCUGUCCACCUGUCCAGAUGCUGAGGCCCACCACUCAGUCAUGUCUUCCCAAGAGGAGUCUGUUUGUGUGUCGCCAUGGUGAGAGGAUGGAUGUAGUGUUUGGGAAACACUGGAUCACUCAGUGCUUUGAUGCUAAAGGCCGAUAUGUUCGCUCCAACCUCAACAUGCCGUCUAGUUUGCCAACGAGAAGUGGAGGCUUCCGAGACUACGACAAAGACUGUCCAAUCACAGUAUUCGGCUCCACUCAGGCCCGCCUUGUGGGUGAAGCUCUGUUGGAGAGCCAAGCGGUGAUAGAUUUUGUGUACUGUUCUCCCUCGCUGCGCUGUGUCCAGACUGCCCACAACAUCCUUAGAGGCCUGCAGCAGGAGGGGAAGACUAAGAUCCGUAUAGAGCCUGGUCUGUUUGAGUGGACCAAGUGGGUGUCUGGCACCUCUCUUCCUGCCUGGAUCGCUCCCACUGACAUGGCUGCUGCUAGCCUGAGUGUGGACACAACCUACAGACCUCAUAUUCCCAUCAGCAAGCUUGGCGUGUCAGAGUCCUAUGACGCCUACAUCAGCCGGAGCUUCCAGGUCACCAGGGAGAUUCUGACAGAGUGCAAAAACCUGGGAAACACUGUGCUGAUCGUGGCCCAUGCUUCCUCCCUGGAGGCAUGUACUCGCCAGAUGCAGGGCCUCAGCCCACAGAACGCCAAGGACUUUGUACAAGUGGUCAGGAAGAUUCCUUACCUAGGUUUCUGUGCGGCUGAGGAGAUGGGGGAGACAGGAGUGUGGCAGCUGGUGGACCCGCCCAUCCUUCCAUUAACCCACGGGCCCAAUCACAGCUUCAAUUGGAGGGAGACGCUACAGCAGGACUGAGGAAUUCCUGCCUCGCCCCCACCUCCCAGCAGCCCAGAGAGACACUGCUGAGCUAAGACGGAUGUAGCCAACACAAAGCUAACAUUUCCUCUGCUAUCUAACUAGCGCGGUAAACAUAUACACACACACACACCGCUAUCAAAACCAGACCAAAAAUGCCCUGCCUUCCAUCGCAUAUGCUGUGUAAACACACUCAUUGAAUGAGUCUAUAUACACUGAGGGUACAAAACAUUAGGAAUGAGUUGAACAGCCUCAAUUCGUUGGGGCGUGGACAUAUUGAAAGCGUUCCACAGGGAUGCUGGCCCAUGUUGAUUCUUAUGCUUCCCACAGUUGUCAAGUUGGCUGGAUGUUCUUUGGCUGGUGGACCAAUUGUUGAUACACACGGCAAACUAUUGAGCAUGAAAAACCCAGCAGCGUUGCAGUUCUUUACACACUCAAACCGGUGCGCCUGGCACUUGCUACCAUACCUCGUUCAAAGGCACUUCAAUAUUUUGUCUUGCCCAUUCACCCGCUGAAUGGCACACAUACAUAAUCCAUGUCUCAAGGCUUAAAAAUCCUUCUUUAACCUGUGUCCUCCCCUUCGUCUACACUGAUUGAAGUGGAUUUAACAGGUGUCAUCAAUAAAGGAUCAUAGCUUUCACCUGGAUUCACCUGGUCAGUUUAUGUCAUGGAAAGAGCAGGUGUUCCUAAUAUGUUGUACAAUCAGUGUAUAUUGCAGCAUUGAGAUAAACACUACCGUUCUAAAGUUUGGGGUCACUUAGAAAUGUUGGUGUUUUUGAAAGAAAGGCAAAUCCCCCCCCCCCCCAUUUAAAAUAACAUCAGAUUGAUCAGAAAUACAGUGUGGACCUUGUUAAUGUUGUAAAUGACUAUUGUAGCUGGAAACGGCAGAUUUUUUUAAUAGAAUAUCUACAUAGGCAUACAGAGGCCCAUUAUCAGCAACCAUCACUCCUGUGUUCCAAUGGCACGUUGUGUUAGCUAAUUCAAGUUUAUAAUUUUAAAAGGCUAAUUGAUCGUUAGAAAACCCUUUUGCAAUUAUGUUAGCACAGCUGAACACUGUUGUUCUGAUUAAAGAAGCAAUAAAACUGGCCGUCUUUAGACUAGUGGAGCAUCUGGAGCAUCAGUAUUUGUGGGUUUAAUUACAGGCUCAAAAUGGCCUGAAACAAAGAACUUUCUUCUGAAACCCAUCGGUCUAUUCUUGUUCUGAGAAAUGAAGGCUAUUCCAUGAGAGAAAUUGACAAGAAACUGAAGAUCUCGUACAAUGCUGUGUACUACUCCCUUCACAGAACCGCACCAACUGGCUUUAACCAGAAUAGAAAGAGGAGUGGGAGGUCCCGGUGUACAACUGAGCAAGAGGACAAGUAUAUUAGUGUCUAGUUUGAGAAACAGACGCCUCACAAGUCCUCAACUGGCAGCUUCAUUAAAUGGUACCCGCAAAACACCAGUCUCAACGUCAACAGUGAAGAGGCGAUUGUCCAGGGAUGCUGGCCUUCCAGGCCUUCCAGGCCUUCUAGUCAUUUAACACAUUAACAAUGUCUACACUGUAUUUCUGAUCAAUUUGAUGUUAUAGUAUAUUUUGAACGGUAGUGUAUAUUGUAGAAUAUAUUGAUAUGUAUUGAAGAUAUAUGCUUUAAUGCACUAUUUGUGAAUGAGGAGGUGUGUGUAUUGGCCAGAGCACAAAGGACAGGAGCAGGGCAGCAAAAUCUCCAAGUUGCCCUUUCCCCUCCCUUCCCUAUGCCUCACUGAAUGGGGAGAGCGCUUCAUGAAAACGUGUCGUAUUUCUGAGCCAUUGUUGAUGGCUAACAAACUUAGUGUCAUGAGAAGGGGAUGUUUCAGAGAGCCGACGCUUUGGUGCCACCUUUUUAAAAAAUAAACAUGGCUGCUUUCUCAUACACUGUGACGAGAAGAGACCUGCACAAGAAACCCCUUGUCUGCUAGAAUCUUCCAUGGCUCUAAAAAUGUGACGUUCAAUGUACUCAGUCAUUUCACCCGCUGCAUAAAGCCUCCUCAAAAAGCACAAAUCUAGGCCUGAAUCUUGACAAUCAGAUGAGAGCUGUCACUUUUAGCUUUAGGGUCGAGUUGGCUAGUUCAACCCUCCAACCAUCCCUCAGCAACUCCAACCUAGCCGUAAACGCUUUGUUUAAAGACGUUUGUUUUGGAAAGGGUUAAACAUUCAAGCUUUUAACAUUUAUUUGUUUUUGUCUUUUUCAUUUGUGCAGUGCACAUCCUGUUAAAUGACAAGAGUGUUCAUGUUUGUUAGCACAUCUAAGAAAAUGACAUGCAGGUAUGUCCAACCAAUGAAGUCAGAGGGACGAUGUCAUGAGCAGUUUUACAUAUCAACCAGUGCCAUGUGUUUUGGGACAGCUAGCUACUGCACAUGAGACACCUAGGAUGUAGCCAACCAACCAAACUACUCUUGCUGUCUGAAUUAUGAUUUUUCUUCAAGGUGAAACCGAAAUGGAGAUGGUUGACAGUCAUCACAGAUGUCUUGAAGAAGCAUUCGAUCCUAAUGAUCCUUCUCAGAACCGUGUUGUGUUAAAAAGCACCAGCAUAUUUUCACUUUUUUUUCCUUCCUCAAUGUAUGUAUGCUUUCCUUUUCCUUUAUAUAGUGACCUAUGAGUGGAGACCUGGUAAAUGUGCAAUGUAACCCACACAGCCUCCCCCCCACUCCUCCGCCCCAAACGUCACCUUUGCUCAAAACCACGGACUAAACAGUACAUUAAAACCAACAUUGAGAUGCUUCCUCUGGAAGGACUUUUUAUUCAUCGAUUGCCAAUAUCAAUAUGUUUUGUCAUGUCGAUCAGUCACGUCACAAAUAUGUCUUCAUUUGAGGCCAACUGUGUUUCGGUCUCCCCGCAAAGCUAUACACAGUAAUAACCUGUUUCUUUCACAACCUGAUUAACGUCAUUAGUAACCCAAUCUACCGUAUAACAAAGCAGUGCGCUUGCAACAACAUGGCUGCAAACACAAUAUGCUGGCAGAAGUGGGAAAGCGUGGUCUUAGAAAUUAAAACAAUGCUUCUGUUACCCCCCCCCCCCUCUCUCACUGUUUUUCUCUCUCUCCCCUCUUUACUGUGCUCUAUGCCAUAUCUUUGCACGGAGCACAAAGCUCUUCUCAGGACUCUCCCAUUGUCUGUGUUUAGCCAGUGAUAUGUUUGCUCGAUUAGAAAGUUAUUUGAAUAUGUUGAAAGAUUGGAUAUUUAAGUUGUUUAUUUUAAAUGUACGUGAUUGCCUAUAUGAACCGGGGCAUCACUAUUAUUGAAAAAAGGAUAUAAUGAUAUGGUUGUCAAAUGUAAGUACAAUAUAUACAACAGCCUUCAAAUGAUAAUGUAUGAAACCAUUCAUUUAUAUUGUUGUAAAGGAGCGAAUGCUUUAAUGAAUGAGUGAAGGAAACGUAUUAUUGGUUAAAGAAGUUACAGAUCAAUUUUUUCAAUUAAUUCCCCUUACUUGGUUUUGCAACUUCACUUUACCCUCGCACUGUUUCGUCCAUCCUACUUGAGUUGGCAGUACUCCAUCUAUUGAAGUCGUCAGUACUCGACACAGUCUAGUCUUCCCACAUUACUGUUAACUUGUUUUGUUGUAAUUUUAAUGGUAAGAAAAAACUUAUUAUUAUUAAUAAUAACCUCCUCUGCGCUGUGCCAGACUGCUCUCACUAUUUCCACAAGUGCUCUCCGUGCAAAAAGGGGAAAUAAAACAAGCUCACAAACUAUACAUGAAAAAAAAGAAAUCCUGUUAAUGUUGUAUUUAUUGUUUUAAGAUGUGUGCAUUACACAGUGUUCCAGAAGGUUGUGUAUUAUAUUUUGUUGCAAAUGACUGCCUCUGUAAUGAUAAAGGAUUGUGAAAAUUAUAGUGAUCAUGAACUGCUUAAGAAAUAUACAAAUGAUUUGCAAAUAAAUGUUUUAUCUGCA